UGUCCAUCAGUCCUUUCCUUUUCAGUUUAUCAUCAUGGAGAAUGAGUCGGUGAUCUUCUGGGAUGGGCAGGGCAGUUCCCAGAAUACAAUCUGAAACUCUGAGACCUCUCGCUCUGUUGCAGGAUUACCACACAUUAACUACAGUUACACCACAGGAGACCCUUCACCGUUUACUGUAAAACUGCUUCGUCUUCUCCGGAUUCUGCUCAUCCUACACAAUCUGAAUCGGAAACUUACUUCUCCUGCUGCAGAAAGCACUCAUUCUGCUACUACUCACGGGAUUACAACAAUCCAAUCAAACCCCCGAAACAGAGACAAAGCCUGGCGCCUCAGGUUGGACCAGAACCACAAACCAGAUCCAGGACAAACCAGGACAAGCCAGUCUAUCUCUGUAGAGCGGAUCACCGGGCCAGGACAGACCAGUAGAAAUCAGUAAAGGCCACUGGAAAAGUUUGAUGGGACUGCUGCCGAUAGCCACAUGCCUCUGAGUCCGGCUGCUGACACCAAACAUGAUCGCCCGCGGCAACAGGCGGUUACAAACGGCAACCCGACAGGCUCUGCUGUUGCCAGGGACGACGACGCGGAUGACACGCCCCCUGGAAACAGUGUUGUCGUCCGUAUUGGCAUCCCGGACCUGCAGCAAACGAAGUGUUUGCGGUUGGACCCAGAGUUACCAGUUUGGACCAGUAAGCAGAGGGUUCUGGUGACGUUGACUCAGUCUCUGUCGGAUGUUUUGAACUAUGGUCUCUUCCAGCCGGCGUUCAACGGCCGAGCCGGAAAGUUUCUGGACGAGGAGCGGCUGCUGAAGGAGUAUCCUCUCCCUCCCAUCACGCCCAUCCCAUACCUGGAGUUUCGUUAUAAAAGGAGAGUUUACACGCAGAGCUACGUGGACGAUAAGCAGCUGGCCAAGCUGCACACCAAGGCCAACCUGAAGCGCUUUAUGGAACAUGUUCAUCAGAAGAAUGUGGAGAAGGUUUCCAAAUGGUUGGAAAAGGGCCUGGACCCAAACUUCCACGACUCAGACACGGGGGAGUGUCCUCUGACUCUGGCGGUCCAGCUGGAGGAGAGCGCUGACUUGAUUAAAGUCCUUCGCAGUGGAGGCGCUCACCUGGACUUCAGGACCAGAGACGGCAUCACCGCUCUGCAUCGGGCCGUGCUCUGCAGGAACAGCUCGUCUCUCACUACUAUGCUGGACCUCGGAGCGUCUCCAGACUAUAAGGACAGCAGAGGUCUGACUCCUCUCUAUCACUCUGCCAUGGUGGGUGGCGCCCCCUACUGCUGCGAGCUGCUGCUGCAGGACCACGCCACCAUCGGGAUGGCUGAUGAGAACGGAUGGCAGGAAAUCCACCAGGCAUGUCGCUAUGGUAACGUGCAGCACUUGGAGCACCUGCUGUUCUACGGCGCUGACAUGAGUUCCCAGAAUGCAUCGGGAAACACCGCACUGCACCUCUGUGCUCUCUACAACCAGGACAGCUGUGCCAGAGUGCUGCUGUUCAGAGGAGCAAAUAAGGACAUCAAAAACUACAACAACCAGACUGCCUUUCAGGUGGCAAUAAUUGCUGGGAACUUUGAUCUUGCAGAAAUCAUUAAGAUCCAUAAAACCUCCGACGUUGUUCCCUUCAGAGAAACUCCAUCCUACACAAAGCGCCGCAGAGGCGGUGUGACCAAGACGCUGGGUGGAAACGGUCUGUCCUCCCCGCGCUCUCUGAUUCGCUCAGCUAGCGACAACGUUCUGGAAAGCCCCGCCUCCUCUCCUGGCCCCUCCCUCCAAAGCCUGGAAACGCACCACGACACGCACACGCAUUCGCUACGACGACACACCCGCCGGCUCAGCCCGAGUGGUGGGGGUCAUGUGGAGACCAGCCCCCCCUCCUCCCCUCCCCCAACCCCCCAGAUGAGGAAGAGGAGGCUGUACAGCGCCGUACCAGGACGCACCUUCAUCGCCACCCGGUCCCACGUGCCCCAGGGGCCCGGAGAGAUCCAGCUGCACCGAGGAGAGAGGGUCAAAGUUCUGUCUAUCGGGGAAGGAGGAUUCUGGGAAGGAAACGUUAAAGGAAGAACUGGUUGGUUUCCUGCUGACUGUAUUGAAGAAGUCCAGAUGAGACAAUACGACCCACGACUGGAGACGAGGGAGGACCGCACAAAGAGACUGUUCAGACAUUAUACUGUAGGAUCCUACGACAACUACACCUCCUACAGUGACUACGUGAUCGAGGAGAAGACGGCCGUGCUGCAGAAGAGAGAGAGCGAGGGAUUCGGCUUCGUCCUCAGAGGAGCUAAAGCCGAGACCCCCAUCGAGGAGUUCGCCCCCACCCCGGCGUUCCCCGCCCUGCAGUACCUGGAGUCAGUGGACCAGGGGGGCGUGGCCUGGAGGGCCGGGCUACGCACUGGAGACUUCCUCAUAGAGGUGAACGGGGCCGACGUGGUGAAGGUGGGUCACCGGCAGGUCGUCUCUCUGAUCCGACAGGGCGGCAGUCGACUGCUGAUGAAGGUCGUAUCCGUUUCUAGGAAAUCUGAAUCCAACCUGAUCAGGAAGAAAGCUCCUCCCCCUCCAAAACGAGCCCCCAGCACCUCGUUGACACUCCGAUCCAAGUCCAUGACCGCUGACCUGGAGGACAUAGCCAGGAGGAGACGCUUCGAGAAACUGGAUGAGAUGUUGGCCGGGGGUCAACAGGAAGUAGUUCUAAGGGCCCGUCCGUCAGACGACUUCAGAGCGGCGACGGUGAAACAGAGACCGACCAGCCGGCGAAUCACGCAGGCAGAGAUUAACUCGUUGUUUGAGCGUCAGGGUCUGGUGCCCCCCUCGGCUCCAGAGAAAAGCACCAUGGCUUUACCCCGAGGAAUGUCCAGAACCAAGAGCUUUGGCACACCUGAUGACGACAGGAUCACCGCUCUGAUCAACGAAAGUCGGUUUCCUCGGAGCUCUUCCCUGACGGACAGCUUCAUCCCUCCUCCUCCUCAGAUGGCUCCGCCCCCUCCUCCCUCCGCCUCCUCCUCCACCUCCUCUCUCUUCCUCCUGGACUCCGGCCCCCCUCCUUCCUUCCUCCCCCCUCCUCCCCCGGCCAGAGGGGAGGGGCUAACCCGCUCCAGCUUCAAGCCGGGGGCGGAGCCGAGGCUCCAGGAGCUCUCCGAUUCGCCGACGCGGAGCCACGCCCACGCCGAGCGCCAGAGGAAGGCGAGGUCGAUGAUCAUCCUGCAGGACACGCCGCCGCAGCUGCAGCCUGACGCGCACGCCGCGGCCGCCACGCACUCGCUGCACACCGCCACGCACACCGCCACGCACACGCUUCACACCGCCACGCACACAUCCACGCUGUCUCUCCACAGCACCAGCCCGGCCCUCGGCCACUCACCGCUAUCGCGCCGCCGGGGACGGGCAAUAGAAAACCCUUACGCGAACGUGGGACAGCAGGCUCCGCCCUCCAAGCCGCAGAGGAGGAAGUCACCUUUGUUGAAACAACUUCCUGUAGAGGAGCAGGGACUUGGAAUCAGAGAUCAAGAUUUGCUGAGAGUAGACGGAGGCGGCAGCCCCAGCAGGGCCGAGCUGUACCAGCAGCAGGUUCUCUCAGAGCGCGCUCGGGUUCAGGGUCGCAGGUCGUCUCUCUUCCUGUCUGUGGAGGGAGCCGGGUCCGAGAACCAGGUGCCCCUCCUCACUCAGAGCCACUCGAUGGACGACCUCGGCGAGCUUCCCCCUCCAGCUCCGGUCCUGUCGCCCUCACCGACGCCUCACACCUUCCUCCACCCGCUGACGGGGAAACCUCUAGACCCCUCGUCUCCACUCGCCCUGGCUCUCGCUGCACGAGAACGAGCGCUCACUGCCCGCACGCCGAGCCCCGAGCCUCGACUGAAACACGCAUCUGCCUCCACCACGCCCAUCCCCACUCCAGCCGCAAGCCCCGAGGGGAGACACAAGCGCACCCCUAUCCCCACCCCGCAGGGCAGCCCCGAGCCGCGGUCCAAACGCGCCACUCCUCAGACAAGCCCCGAGCAGCGAACCAAGCGCACCACUCCCCAGACCAGUCCCGAGCUGAGGCACAAACGCAUAACCCCGCCAAUAUUCCCUGACGGACAAGUGGAGCGUCCCGAAACGGAGGGAGGAGUGACAUCACCUGCCGCCCCCUCCCCUGAGCGCUGGAGACCCAGCCCCUUGCCAGCGCUGGCCAAUGAGAGCCACCCUGCUCUGAUUGACAGGCGCAGAAGCCUCACAGUGGGCAGCUCAGAGGAGGAGGGCGGGGCUUACACAGUCACACUCCCACCGGCGCUGCUUUCGUCCAGCGAUGAGGAGACGAGGGAGGAGCUGCGCAGAAUCGGCCUGGUGACUCCACCCGCUGCUUUCGCCACUCCUCCCGCCCUUCCUCCCCCAUCAUCCCUUAUACUGUUGCCACGGCGAGGAGGGGAGGGAGGAGGAGGAGGAGGAGGAGAGAGCGGUCCUGAGUCUAUGGGUCGACGAGCAGAUGAGGAGGAAGGAGGUGACGAACGGCUCCACGACAGCUCGUCCUCCCCCAGCUCGCUCCCUCCCUCCAUCACCUUGGCCUCCCCUCCCGCUCCCUCCUCCCCCUCCUCCCCUCCCGCUGCUCACCCUUCUCCCUCCUCCCCAGCCACCUCGCCAAUCGGUCUCAAGCCACGCCUUCGUUCGCCCAUCGGGCGCGGCCGAUCCGCGCUCCGGGAUCCGCUGCUGAAGCAGUCGUCGGACAGCGAGCUCCUCCCGUCUGCCGCGUCCUGCUCCUCCCCCUCCUCCCCCCUCUGCUCCUCCCCCACCGGCGGCGGCGGCCGGCAGCCUCGCUAUCUGUUCCAGAGGAGGUCCAAGCUGUGGGGGGGCGGGGACGACCGCGAGGAGAGGCGGGGCUUCAGCCCGGACGAAGGGGGACGUCCGGCGGCGCUGGGAGGUCAGGGGGCGGGCUCAGCCGCGGAUCUGACCAAUCGGUCGGCCUCAGCGCUGGAGCUGAGCGGCAGGGCGGGGUCCGGACUGGAUCUGGCCAAUCGGCUGCAGCUGCUCAACAAAGACAGUCACUCGCUGGGGGAGGAGCCAAGUCCCCUCGAUCCGGGCCGCAGGUCGCCAGUAGGAGGCGCCAGAUGUUUGGACAGUGGAGAGAGUAAAUCGUUGUUCUCCAGUCUUGGGGAACUCCACACUAUCUCCCAGCGAGGAUUUGGCGCCAGCUACACAGUCCGACCAGGAAGCCGCUACCCUGUAACCCGCCGGAGCCCCUCCCCCUCUCCCUCCCCAUCCGAUAGGUCAAUAGGGCUCGCCUCCUCCCCCACCACCUGCCCUGAAAGGCCAGAUCUGAGCUCGGGUCGCAGUCUAACCAUCCUAAAGUCGUCCAGUCUCAGCCUCCCCUCGGAACCGAAGGAGGUUCGGUUUGUGAUGCGAAGCGCCAGCGCACGAACCAGGUCUCGUUCGCCCUCUCCUUCGCCCCACGCCUCUCCCUGCCCCUCCCCGGUCCUCAGCGGGCCCCUGUUGGCCCUUCGGCCAUGGAGGCAGCGGCCCCUUAACUUGUGGAAUAAAUAUGACGUGGGCGACUGGCUGGAGAGCGUGGGCCUGGCCGAACACCGCCAGCGCUUCCAGGAGCACGAAAUCGAAGGCUCCCAUCUGCCCGCUCUCACCAAGGAGGACUACGUGGAGCUGGGCGUCACCAGACUGGGACACCGAAUCAACAUCGAGAGGGCGCUCAGACAGCUGCUGGAUGGUUCCACUUGACCCCUGACCUCUGGACAUCCUGUGACCUCAUAACCUCUGGUCAGACACUAGGCCAUCUCUCUUUGACUAGAAUAUCUUAGCAGUGACUGAAUCUUUAGACCUUUUUACCAACGUGGAGCCCAGCUAUCUGAGUGACCUCGAAGACAUUUUGGCUUGUCAGCUCUUUGAUCAACCCAAACCAACUGGUAGCACCAAGACCGUGUCCAGUAUUUAACUUUAGUUUACAGUUUAGACCUACAAGAUUUAGUUUGCCCUCUGUUAACAUCUAGUGCCUCCUAGUUAAGCCAUAAAAGCCCUCUACCAAAUUUGUAAUUCCUCUAUUUAAAAGACAAAAAAUUGGAAAAGAUUUUUCCGAGCGUUAUCCUGGUUGCUCUGUAGUAGGCUGAGUUUUCAGUGCAAGUCAAACAAUGCACAGAACAUGGCUAUGAUUUGCAAUAGAGAGACCAGCUGUACGGCAUGCACUGCACUUAUUUUCCGCCAGGUUUUGCAGGAAAAGUUCAAGAACAUUGAACUUUACAUCUCCAACACAAAGGUUCGAUUCUGGCAUUAACGGGAGAUUUAAGUAAAGGCAACAAUUGACAGGAGAGAACAAUGUUUAUUUCACACUACAUGGCACAAACUAUUUUCUCGAAGCGAAUAUUUGCGUCGUGGGAACAUAUUGGGAAUAUUUGCGUGUAAUCGCGUUACAGUUCUGCCCGCAAGACGACAAGCAAAUAAUGUUCGCCUCUUUGUCUAAUUCGCUUUGUGCGUCGGGCGAUAGGAACAAAUCCCGACAGAUCAAUUUCUGGCAGUAUAUCAAUAUAAAAUCCAAUAUUAACGCUAUAAAUGACUCUCCAACACCCAAAGAUAUUAAUUUUACUAUAGUAGAAGACUAACAAAACAAGCAAAUGUUCAUAUUUGAGAAGCUGUGAGCAUGUUAAUCUACUUUGUGUCCAUUCAUUAACAGAUUACUAUACUAAGCUAAUCACAGCUGGACACAGAGCUGUUCUGCUGAUCCCAACAGCGGAGACAUUGAUCAAAGAGCUGACAAACCAAUUACUAAUAUAAUGAGACGGGUUGUUUUCCUCGUGCCACCCUGCUUCCCCAGACGAGUUUAGCUGGGCGAUUAGCGAGCUCCUGGGAGUCUCAACCUUAACAACAACAACAACAACAACAAUGGGAGAUUAGCUGAGGACAUUUCUCCGUCUUUCUUGUGACUUAGCUUCUUUUUUCUUCUUUUUUUUUUUAAAUAUCACUCAUGAAGAAUUUGUUUGUUUCUUUUGAGUUCAUAUCUUAAAGGAAUACACCACCGUUUGUUGAAAUAGUUCUUAUCACGGUCUCCCCUGGCUGUAGAUAGGUGGGCCAAC